AUGAAGCAUCUCAUCGGCUUUUGCAGCGCUGUCAUAGCUCUUACAUUGUCAGGAAGCCAUGCCUCCGCUCUCGCAACCAGUAGAGCUCUAUCCACCCUCCCCGACCUCCCAACAGUCGACGCGGUGUGGGAAAUAGAGAUCUGGCCCGGCCAGAAGGUAGCACUUGUGGGGACGGCUCAACAAGUAGUUGCCAAAGCCCUCGAGCUCAACCCCGACUACCAAAUGAACAAAUUCCCUGCAUCCCCAUCCCAACCUCACGACAGUAGCAACAGCCACAACAACAACAAGCUGUCUAAACGUGACUACACCCUGUGCGGUGGGGACCCGGCGCUGCAGCAACGCACCCGGGAGAACAUACAGUACCUCUUCGGUCUCGGUCAGACCCUGCGGAUUGAGUCGCAUACGUGCGGCCGGCUGGCCUGCCAAUACAACAGUGGGAUUGAGUGGUGCAACUAUGCACUCGAGGCUAGAGAGCACACGACGGACUGGAUUGCCCAUGCUGCCGAGGUGGUAUUUGCGGAUUGUUUUGAUGGAUUUGAUGGCGGCGAGUUUGUUUCGGGCAGACGCGUGCAUGAUGAUCUGGUCGUGGUAGUCAUCAGGGACAGCUUCGAUUGUUAA